UAUGCCGGCUUUGAAUAGUUAAUUCUCAUACUAUUCCUCCUACCCCAAAUAAAAGCUAUGAAUAUGAGAAUGGAAAAGUCUUUUGUUCUCAGUUUCACCACGGGUUCAUCUGUCCACGAUUCUGUCAGUUUCAAGCUUCUUUGAUUUUUAUUCUCUUUUUCUGUCCACUCUUCCUCCAUUUCUAUCACAAGCUUCCGAAAACAUUUCUUCUAUAUAUUAGAGAUUUUCAUCCAUCCUAUAUCCCACAUUCAAAUCUCAGCAAAUUUUCUCCUUUUUUCAUUCAGUAAUUAAAUAUGAAGACUUUAACAACCUGCCUUCUUAUCAUUUUCUUCUUCGGCACCGGCAUGGUUGCCUCCGAUCCCGACAUGCUCCAAGACAUCUGUGUGGCUGAUCUCUCUUCAGCUGUUAAGAUGAAUGGGUUCGCCUGCAAAGCAGCUGCAAAUAUAACAGCACAAGAUUUCUUCUUCACUGGUUUAUCUAAACCAGGUAAUGUCACCAAUGCUGUUGGUUCAGUGGUAACACCUGCUAAUGUCGAAAAGAUACCAGGUCUUAACACCCUUGGUGUUUCUAUGGCCCGUGCGGAUUACUUACCCGGAGGACUUAAUCCGCCACAUGUUCAUCCACGAGCUACUGAGAUUGUGUUUGUCUUGGAAGGAUCAAUCGAUGUUGGAUUUAUUACUACUAGUAAUGUGCUCAUCUCUUAUUCCCUCAAGAAAGGUGAGGUCUUUGUGUUCCCAAAAGGUUUAGUUCAUUUCCAGAAGAACAACGGUGAUAAGCCUGCUUCGGCUCUGGCUGCUUUCAAUAGCCAAUUCCCUGGUACUCAGUCUAUGGCUAUGGCUCUUUUCGGUGCAAAACCAGCUGUUUCUGAUAAUGUGUUGGCUCAGGCAUUCCAGAUUGAUGCCACCGAAGUUCAGACAAUCAAAUCAAAAUUUGCACCCAAGUAGUGGUAACAUAUUACGAUUGAAUUGGUUUCUUCGUCGGAUUGGAUCAAACUGUAUUCCUUAUAAAUAAACUUGUUGCAGAUGGCAAUAUGUAUGUAUCAAAAUUAUGCAGACUGUUUUUUUUUUCCCGCUUUUGAUUGGUUUUUGCGAAACAUGUAAACAAUAAUAAUGAGAAGCUCACCAAUUCACAAUA